AGUUUUUUGUCUUCAAACGUCAAAUUUACAUUAAGUUUCCCCUUUUUGGGGUCACAUUCCACUAUUAUACCCCCGUAAGUACAUGUGUACAUCAAUUUUUAAAAUGUAUGCCUACUAUUAGAAUACCAUAAACGGAAAGAACAAAAAAACUCGAUAGCAAUUUGUUCAAAACGUCUUUGAAGGCUUAAUCAGUAAGGCAUAAAAAAAACAAUGUUUGCCAGUAUUAAGACGAAAGCAGAUUUUGCAGAGUACAGGGUAUUGACGGGGCUAUAUCUUUAUGUCCCCUCUUGAUUGAUUUUCACGUAGCUUGAAAAUUUGUUGAAGUAUCCUCAUUCUAUUGAUUUGCCAAACUUGAUUUAAUCUGAGCCGGCGGAUGUUUUUUUCUAUAUACAUAAAGUUUGUUCUUGAUCUACAAAGAAUAAUUGCGGCUUGUGUAUCUAAACAGGUGUAAUGAAUUUACGGCGUUGAGUUGAAUUUGAGUAGUCUUCCCUUGACACCAUUCGAAAGAACAGUCCGUCUGCACCUGCGGAAUUUGCUGUUUUAAUCGGUGAACAGAUAACAAAAACAGCUGGUGUCUUCCGAACAUAUAAAAUGGUACAUGCUCCAAGAUUAGGCAAUUCUUUGACCUAUCUGAACACAGAACCACGCUAUCAUGUUACUCCUGGCCUUUGUGGUCGGCUUCGCUGCUGUUUCUGCAGAACCAAGCCAAAUUUGUAGAGAAGCGUUUUACAAAUCUGGAUUGUCCACCAACUAUAACGAGACGAUCGCCCACGCUGUCCACUCCAUGUCGGUGGAGGGGCUGAGGCUGUUUGAUCCGAUGGCGUCCGAGCAGAACAAGAUUCCGACCGUCAACCAGGACUUGUCCCAGGACCAGAAGGUACUGAACUACGCUCCACAUUUCCACACCUCCACUGACUUUGCCACAUCCACCAUGAACAUGAUCGACAAAAUCCUAUCCACCGUGGGGAACUCCAAAGACGGACUCGGUCCACACUGGUCCUCGGUGGAGAGAAUAGCUCACGUUUUCCACAUGUGGGAUUUGUGGCAGAAGAUUUACGAGACCUCCUGGCAAGAGGUUUUAGCGAGUCCCCCCGAGGCUCCGACAUGCGUGUGUCUAAGGGACACUAGGGCUAAUGGGAUAAAAGCGGCGGUAGAGUGGGUGGCCAAUCACUACGAGACCGGUACCCCGAUCACCCUCCUGAACCGACCUAUCCCGAAACUGACCGAUGCCCAGGCCUGGUCCGUGUGGAAGGAUCGUCUCUUGCACUACUACACGCCGGCGGCGCUCCAUGACGCCGCGGUCUAUCUGGUUUACUAUGAGAUAAUCCAUUCCUACUUGUACAGCUUUGAUCUUGCUCUCUAUUAUACCGACAUCUCAACGAGAUUACCUGUGGCAGCACGGGAUCUCCUACACCUGGAUUACCUGACGCUGUACGGGAACGCUCCACGACCGUGUGACAGAAUGAGCGAGAGUCGCCUCCAGGAAUUCUACGACAGCAUCAGGGCGGACCUGGACAGGACCGUGAAGUUCUGGAGGCAGCACUCCAGGGACCCGGAAUGUGGUGGUUUUUUCAACUGUCUCAGCAAAGAUGGAAAAGUGUAUGAUGAAAUAAAGCACGUUUGGUUGCAAGCAAGACAGGUUUGGAUGUAUGCUCGUUUGUACAAUGAUGUCGAAAGAUUCAGAGACGAGGACUUGCUCCAAGAAGCCGUCAGAGGAGCUGAGUUUUUGAUGCAGAACGUCAGGGAUCCCAACACGUACAAAUGUUCCUUGGUGGUCACAAGAGAUGGGAAGGCAAUCAAAAUUCAGAGAAGUCUUUUCUCCGAGUGCUUCUAUCUGAUGGCAAUGUCGGAAGUAGGAAGAGCGACGGGAGUCGAGAAAUAUAAGAAAGAGGCCAUAACGAUGAUGGAGAAAAUAACUGGUUGGAUACAGUCGCAUGGAGAGGGUCUGGGUAUCGACAAGUUGCCAGGACACCGACCAAUCAGCUCGCUGGCCAUCCCUAUGAUGACCCUCUGUGUCAUCGAACAGCUGAAGACCAUUGACCCUAGCCUCAACUACGACGAUCUGACAGACUGGGCCAUCAAAGACGCCAUGAAGCACGUCCAGAGAGAAGGGACGGUGAUUCUGGAGACGACCACUAACGAUGGCAAGGAGAUGGGUGGGAGCGCAGGGCGGCUGAUGUUACCAGGCCACUCGAUCGAGGCAGGCUGGUUCCUGUUACGUCACGCCACACGGUCGGGGGACCAGGCGCUGAAGCAGACGGCCAUCCAGAGCUUCAUGGAGCGACCGUUUGAGUACGGCUGGGACAAGCAACAUGGCGGUCUGUACUAUUUCCUGGAUGUAGACGGAUGGAGCCCCGUACAGUUGGAGUGGGACAUGAAGCUUUGGUGGGCCCAUAACGAGGCUCUGAUCGCCUUCCUCAUGGCGUACAAGGAAACUAAGGACAAGAGGCAUCUAGACAGAUUCGCUCAAAUAUUUGACUACAGCUACUCACAUUUUGUUGAUGAGGAAAAUGGGGAGUGGUUUGGAUAUCUGAGAAAAGAUGGUUCUGUCAGCAUGGAUUUCAAGGGUGGACCAUGGAAAGGAUGUUUCCAUGUCCCCCGAUACUUGAUGAUGUGUGAACAGAUGCUCAAGGAACUGUUGGACAAGAAGAACUGACAAUAUUUGAAUUUAUUAUAUCAAACCAACAGAUACUGUAUAACAUGCAAUUUGUCAUUCAAUACACCGUGAUGUGAUACAUACUGUAUAUAAAAUCAUAACAAUCUCA